GUGUUGGAGAACAGAAUCAUGCAGGCUGUCAGUGAAGGAAGGUGUCUCAUUUAGAGCUGACCCGACCCCUCAACAUGAUCCUGCUGCUCAGUUUGUUUUGUUCUCUGUGGGUAGAACCGGUUCUGAGUCUGGAAGAAGAUGAAGGUUUUACUUUUGAUGGAGACCUCCAGAAAUUCGCCCUGAGCAAAAACAACGUUUACGUCGCUACAGAAAAGAACCUUUACCAGCUGAGCCACGACCUGAGUCGGGUCUCUGAGUCGGCUCCGUGGACCGCAACUUUCAGAGUUACCUUGUUGUUGCCAUUUGUUGAGAAUAAGACUCUGGUCAGCUGCGGAGUGACUGACAAGGAGUGUGGUUACUGUGAAAUUCUGGACCUGAAGAACAUCUCUAACCUUCUGCACAGUGAAAACAUCCUGGUGGGACCAAAGAGGCGCAGCAACGCUUCUGUCGGUUUUCUGGUGGAUGUGAAGAAAGAUUCAACUCAGACAGACACUUAUAUUCUGACAGCGAUACAACAACACGGAGAUGAAUCAAGUAUCCAGUGCAGCUCAGAUUCAAAGACGAUCAACCUUUACUCUGUCUAUAACACACAGAGUGGAGGCUUAUUUUCUGUAACCGAUGACCGCAGCACAACUGUAAUCAGAAGUGAAGGUGAUGUGGAAUUUGUGGACGGAUUUCAGAUCAAUUCAACGGUGUAUCUGCUCUCCAACGUGCGUCCAAGCGAUGAAAAGAUCAUGUCUCAAGCCAAAGUCCGUCUUAUUUGGCUUGAGAGUGAAAAAAGUAAAACCCAGACUCUCAAGUCUCUGCAAGGCGCGACCCUCAGUAUCUCUGAAGGAGGUGGAAGCUGCAGACUCAUGGCCUCCUCCAUCAUCCCGGGUGGACAGCAGGUGCUUUGGAGCGGCGUGUUCAGUGUGGACGGAGAAGAAAGCAACACAGAGCUGGUGGUGUUUGACAUCAGCCCUGAUCGCAGCAGUGCGCAGCAGAGCGGUGCGUCUUAUAUAGAUCCAAACUUCUACAUAAACAAACCUGGAACCCCGUCAAAACCAAAGAUCCUGAAACCAAAUGCGGUGCUCUUCAAGCAGAACCACAUGACAUCUGUGCUGGCAGUGAGACAGAGGAGCUGGAUGGUCUUCUUCAUUGGAACAGGAGACGGGCAGCUCAUCAAGCUUGUUGUGGACAGAAACUAUCGCCCUGCCUGUCCCAGGGUGCUCUACAGAGCCAACAAUGAUCGCCAAGUGUUUCCCAACAUCCUUCUGGACCCAGUGGAUUAUAAAUAUGUGUAUGUGCCAUUUAGAAACCAGAUCAGGCGUGAACCUGUGGCAAACUGUGGCUCAUACAGAGAUGUGCAGGAGUGUUGGUCUGCACAGGAUCCAUACUGUGUCUGGUGUGGCUCUAAGAAAAGCUGCACGUUUGAAAGUGACUGCAAAGAUUCAGACUGGUUGUCCAUCCCUGAUGAAUUACACCAGAAAAUUGUUUCCCACAAAGUUGAAAUGGACCCCACUGGACAGAUCAAACUUGUCGUCCAGACACACUUGACUGGGAGCCCAGAUGCACUGUCAAACUUUGCCUGUCAGUUCUCUUCACCCUCCAGGACUCUAGACCAGAUAUCCUCUCCUCCAAAGUUCCCACAAUGCACAAACAUCCUUUCUAAUGAGCCUCUUCCUGCAGACGGUCUGGCUGUCACAGUAAAGAUAAGACUUGAAACGACGACACUGACAGAAAAACUGAAUGUAAUCAACUGCUCUGAUAUUCGUGGACCACCGAGUCCUGUUAUGUGUCAGAAGUGUAUCAAGGCUGGAUGUGGAUGGAGCAACAAUGCCUGCUCCUGGGCCAACCAAGGCGUUCAGAAUGACAGUUUUUGCCAAAAGAUGGAGGCUGGGAUGAACUUUUCUAGGCCAGAAAUCUCCUCCAUCGAACCCAGUGCUGUGUCUUUCUACGGCAGAAACCAUGCUUUGCUGUCAGGUCAUAACCUCCAUAGUGUGACUGGCGUGAGGAUCCAGGCGGACAUGGACUGCUCUCCACGGGAAUCUCCUGUUUGGAACAACACUGGUGUGACUCUGACGUUCCACAUUCCCAGUACAGAUACUAAAGGCUUGGUCAAAGUGUGUCUUCUUCUCCCAGAUGGUAGCUGCCACAGUAAUGCUAUGAUCAUCUACAAGUCUUCACCAGUCUGCACCAGCGUUACACCGAGCAGCUCAUGGAGGAGUGGGAAGAGGAAGAUGACACUCAGUGGGGCCCACCUGGAGUUUGUGGAGGGGGUCAUACACAGCCACAACCCUCAGAAAGUUGUUAUUCCCAUAAACAGCAGCUAUCAGUAUCUCGUCUAUGAAACACCUGCAGCUGUAAGCACUGUUUCCCACAGUACUGUGUCUGUGAAAGUAGCCAAUCAAACACUGGCCUGCUCCAGUAUUACUUACUAUCCAGACCCAGUGUUUACCAGCUUCACAUCCGUGAGCACAGGGGAUCAUGUCCGUGUCACUAUACAGAAAGAGCCAGAUAAUCUGGAGAUAACAGCAGCAGAGCUGUCAGUUUGGGGUGUUCAUGAAGAAACACACCGUCCCUGUUACAGCAUAGUCAAAGCCAGUAACAACACUUUCACUUGCGAGAUCAAACAGGAAGGCAACACCAAGUUUCAGCAGCUGCAGAUAAACGUUGGAGAUGAAACCAUAACACUCAAGAGCUCUUCACUGCUGUUACUUUUGGUAUUGCUUACAUUAGUGGCGAUACCUGUCAUCAUUAUUGUGGUGGUGAUCGUCUACCGAAGCAAGCAAAAAAAGCUCCAUGCUAAGAUGAACAGGUUUAUGGAAGACCUGGAGCUCAACAUCAGGAAUGACAUCAGACAAGGGUUUGUGGAUCUGCAGACUGACCGAGCCGAACUGAUGGAGAAUGUUGGAACAAUUCCUUUCCUGGACUACAAGCACUUUGCUUCCAAAAUCUUUUUUCCUGAGAGUGAAUCCUUGAUGGCAUUGUGUAUCAAAGACAUCGGCCAGGACGGGGUAAAGGUUCAGCUCGACGAGUGUUGCCAGGAUUUGUCGCAGCUGAUCCAGGACCAGCUCUUUCUCACCUCUAUGGUCCACGCUCUGGAAGAACAGAAGAGCUUUACCAUCAAAGACAAGUGUGCGCUGGCAUCUCUGCUCACUGUGGCACUUCACGGUAACUUGCCAUACCUGACGGAGGUGAUGAAGGUUCUUUUGAUGGAUCUGAUGGAGCAAAAUAGCAAUGCGCAGCCCAAACUGCUGCUACGCCGCACAGAGUCUAUUGUGGAGAAGCUGCUGACUAACUGGAUGUCCAUCUGUCUCUACGGCUUCCUACGGGAGACCGCCGGCCAGCACUUGUUCCUCAUGGUGAGCGCUCUCACGCAGCAUAUCGCCAAAGGGCCGGUGGACAGUGUGACGGAGAAAGCUCUGUACACGCUCAGCGAGGACUGGCUGCUGUGGCAGGCUCAAGACUUCAGCUCCCUGAAGCUGAAGGUGCUGUUUGCAGUUGGCAGUGAUGGGGAGGUGAGUGAGCCGCUUGAGGUGGACGCGCUCAGCUGCGACACUGUAGAGCAGCUCAAAGAGAAAAUCCUUUCCGCCUUUAAGGCCAAGUUUGGUUUCCCCUACAACAUCCCCUUCAGAGAUGUUUGUGUUGAGUAUGAAAAGGAUGGAUCAUUUAUCGCUCUUCAAGAAGUGGAUGCCAGCUCUGAGGUUAUCGGCGAGGUGACGAUGCUCAACACACUCAAGCGAUACAAGGUUACUGAUGGAGCAACAAUCAAAGUGCUUUCAAAGAAAAAUCAUCCUCCUCUUUGCACACAGGGGAGUCUGAAGGAUGAAGAGAACUUCUCUAGAAAAUACUUCCAUUUGAUCGAUCCAGAUGUAGUUGAGGACCAAAGAAAGAGCCCAGAGAGGAAGAAGUUGCAAGUUAAAGAAGUACAUCUCACCAAGCUGCUCUCCACCAAGGUUGCAGUGCAUUCAUUUGUGGAAAACCUCUUCAGGUCCAUCUGGGGUAUGUCACAUGGCAAAGCUCCACUAGCUGUCAAAUUCUUCUUUGACUUCUUAGACGCACAAGCAGACAACAUGAAGAUCUCCGACCCAGAUGUCCGGCACAUCUGGAAGACCAACAGUUUGCCGCUUCGCUUCUGGGUCAACAUCCUGAAAAACCCGCAGUUUGUUUUCGACAUGGAAAAGACUCCACAUUUGGACGGCUGCCUGUCAGUCAUCGCUCAGGCCUUCAUGGACUCUUUCUCUCUCAGCGAGAUGCAACUGGGGAAGCAUGCACCAACCAACAAGCUGCUCUAUGCCAAAGACAUUCCCAAGUUCAAACUGGAAGUAAAGAUGUAUUACAAAUACAUCAGAGAGCUGACACCAAUCACAGACUCAGAAUUCAAGGAAUUCCUGCAGGAAGAAUCAAAGAAACAUGAAAAUGAGUUUAGUGAAGCUGCAGCCCUCAAAGAAAUCUACAAAUUCAUACAGCGGUACUUCACAGAGAUCAAUGAGAAGCUGAACCAAAAUGGCAGCCCUGCUGAGCUGGCAGAGCAACUACAACAUGUUAAAGACUCAUUUGAUGGACUGAAAAGCUGCUCCUGGAACUGAAUCAUUUUCUCCUUAAACUCAUAAACUAUGACACGAUGACAGAAGUCAAGGACUGUAGGAUUAGUAGGACUGAUGAGACAGCUUCUAACACCAACUUCACUGUUUUGCUAACUAUUUUGCUAACAUAAUUAAAGGGAAUUUUUU